UUCUCCAUUUCUCUCGCUCCAUCCAACACAAAACACUUCGAAGUCUCCGCCCUUGUAUCUCUCUCAAACAAUGGCUGUUACCUCCAACUCGCUCUUGUCUUUCACUCCCGGCUCACUGAGUCAACCCAGAAGGCUCUCCCAACCUCUUCCUUCCCCAUCGCUUUCAUUUCCCGGAUCUCGUUCAGUCUCCCUAAAGCUCACCCACCGGUCCAACUCAGCCCUUCGUUGCUCUUCAAAUGCACCCAACAGCACCGACAAUGACGCCCCAAUUGAAACGAGGUACCCAGCUUUUCCUACUGUGAUGGACAUCAAUCAGAUAAGAGAGAUAUUACCACACAGGUUUCCCUUUUUGUUAGUGGAUAGAGUAAUAGAAUAUAAUCCAGGGGUAUCAGCUGUUGCUAUAAAGAAUGUGACUAUAAAUGAUAAUUUUUUUCCUGGCCACUUCCCUGAGAGGCCUAUAAUGCCUGGUGUUCUCAUGGUUGAGGCAAUGGCACAAGUUGGAGGCUUGGUUAUGCUGCAACCUGAAGUGGGAGGUUCUCGGGAGAAUUUCUUUUUUGCUGGAAUUGACAAAGUGAGGUUUAGGAAACCAGUCAUUGCAGGAGAUACUUUGGUGAUGAGGAUGACACUCAUCAAGCUGCAGAAGCGGUUUGGAAUAGCAAAGAUGGAAGGGAAAGCAUAUGUUGGAGGUGACUUGGUUUGUGAGGGUGAGUUCCUGAUGGCUACCGGUAGUGAUUGAUAUCCUCAAUAAUUUAUCCUUCUAUUUCCUCCAAUUUUCUGGAAAUGCAUCAGACAUGUUGUAAUUGAGGCUUUCAUUGUGUACACAUCCCUUGCAAGGGAGGUUUUUGUCGGUGUUUUCUUUGACAAUCUAUUAUUAAGUUAUUUUGUACUUUUGCAACAAAGAAAAAAGUUUCUUCUACCACUUCAUUUAGACUGAAAUCA